AUGUCUCUUACAGCGGUGGUCCUCCUCACCCGUGGAAUCGGAUUGGGUGGAGAAGGGGAGGCUUGUGAGAUAGUGGCCUAUCUUAUAAUAUUCCAUAUUCUCUUUGUGCUCUUUGUGUGGACGUACUGGAAGUCCAUUUUUACUCUCCCAGUGCAGCCAGGCAAAAAGUACCAUAUGUCCUACGCUGACCAAGAACGCUAUGAAAAUGAAGAAAGGCCAGAGGUGCAGAGGCAAAUCCUCGCCGAAAUCGCAAGGAAGUUGCCGGUGUACACGAGAACGGGGAGCGGAG